AACUAUUAGACAAUCCCCGGUGUGGAACUUGUUACGUACAAUGCAAAUGUUAUUUUAGGAAUAUUAUUAGUAGUUUUCACAGGUUUAUACACUCACUUUUGGAGAAUGAUACGUCUUACUGUCAGAUAUAUAGGACCAAACCGAAUAUUACAGAAUGCCAAACUGUUAAUGUAAGUAAUGUAAAAUGGAUUAUAAGCAGUUCAAUUCAAAAAUGAAUAUAAUUCUGUGUUGUGGUCUCUUUCUGGGUUCAGUAAGUGCUGCUGAAUUUGCAGAAAAUUGUGAAAUCGUAUAUUUACCAUUACUGCAACUGUCAUUAAGAGAUAAAUUUUUGGAAAACUUUGUUUAUGAAACCAAUAUUCAACCUGACAAAACUUUCUGUUUGAUAAGAUGUCUCAAACAACGAAAAUGUAAAUCUAUCAACUACAACACAGAUACAUCUGAUUGUCAACUGAAUAGUGAGGACCACAAUACAAAAUCAGCUUCCCUGACAGCGUCAACAGACUCCACACAGUAUUACAGUAUUGAUGGCAUUGACGAGAAAUUAUUGGGUCGGUGUGCUGGACAUACAUGUGCAGAUGAUCUAGUGUGUGAACCAAAUCCGUACGGACUUAGCACACCUCACCAAUGUGUGGUUUCCGUAGUGUGUGUACCGACUGAUGGAUGUACAAACUGCAUACAGUCAAAAUUUACAAUGGCUACUUUUGACUAUCAACCAGUUGGAUGCUUCAGUGCUGGGGGAAAUCCAAAUCCUUUACCAACAUGGUUGUCAGAUCUAAGGCCUACUAUAGAUUGGUACAACUUACAACUCACUAUUGAUGCAUGUGCAAAUCUUGCUCAUAACACCAGCUACAAAUAUUUCGGAAUAGAAUUCUGGGGAGAGUGUUGGGUAUCCACAUCGUUCAAUCCGAGCGGAUUUUCAUUGAUUCUGGGACAGAACUGUGAAGCGAAAUGCCCUCUUGGAGUAGCGGAUGAACACAUAAUGUUCGUUUAUGAAAUAGUAUGAUAUGUAUGAAACUAUUUGUCGUUCAAAUUAUAGUCCAAUAGACCACAUUUCAAAAUUGAAGUUAACAAAAGGAUUCUUUCCGGUUAUUGACGAGAGUUUGUAUUUUGAUACAAUUUUGUUGC